AUGACUUACAUGACGAGAAGUCGAAAUACACCAACUGAAGAGAAGAAAGCCAUUCUUGAGAUCGCUGCAAUCCCGGUGUCUCAAAGAUUUGAUACCUAUUUGGGACUCCCGGCUUUGGUGGGGAAGUCACGAACUAAGGAGUUCAAGACGAUUAUUGACCGGAUUGAAAAACGACAGAAAGAUUGGAAGCUGAGAUUUUUAUCGCAGGCGGGGAAGGAAAUUCUUUUGAAGGCAGUGGUGCAAGCUAUACCGACAUAUAGCAUGAGUGUUUUCUUGCUUCCGAAAGCAUUAUGUUCCAAUAUAAAUUCAAUGAUGCAGAAAUUUUGGUGGGGGCAUAAAAGCAAUGAGUCCCGCAUUCACUGGAUGAGUUGGGAACGAUUAGGAGACAAUAAAGAGAAGGGAGGAAUGGGAUUUAGAGAGUUCUCUUGUUUUAACAAGGCUCUUUUGGCUAAGCAAUAUUGGCGUCUCUGGAAAACACCGGACAGCUUGGUUGCAAAAAUAAUGAAGGCGAAAUAUUUUCCCAAAAAGGAGGUUUUGGAUGCGAAUAUUGGUUCAAAACCUUCGUAUGCAUGGAGGAGUAUUUGGAGUUCGUAG